AUGGUAAACCUUCUUCAGCCACCAAGAUUCCACACACAGUCAAUGACUCUCCACCUCUACCCUUCCAUAACUAGCAAAUCAAGCAGGAAAAAAAGAGAGCUAAAAGAAAAAAACAAACAAAAACAAUUUCAGAAAAACCUAAACAAAACAACCCUUUCUUUCCCAAAAUCAUCCCCAACUCCACUCCUAAUCAACCACAGACCCUCUCCCCAAACCAAACUGGAAGCCCUAGAAAGUGUCAUCAAAGACAUUGAGUCCUCUAUGGGAAAAGGCAUAAGAAUUGAUACUCAAAUUUUUUCUUCACUUUUAGAAACAUGUUACCGUUUAAAUGCUAUAGAACACGGUGUUAGGAUUCAUAGGCUAAUACCCACUAAUCUUUUACGUAGAAAUGUUGGUAUUUCGUCGAAAUUGAUGAGGUUGUACGCAUCAUGUGGGGAUGUUGAAACGGCUCACCAGGUGUUUGAUGAAAUGUUUAAGAGAGGUAAGUCGGCGUUUCCGUGGAACUCGCUUAUUUCAGGGUAUACUGAAUUGGGUCUGUAUGAGGAUGCUAUGGCAAUUUACUUUCAAAUGGAAGAAGAGGGUGUUGAACCGGACCAGUUUACGUUUCCUCGGGUUCUGAAAGCUUGUGGGGGAAUUGGAUUGAUUGGGAUUGGCAAGGCGGUGCAUAGGGAUUUAAUUCUAUUGGGGUUUGCUAAUGAUGGGUUUGUGUUAAAUGCGCUUGUUGAUAUGUAUGCGAAAUGUGGUGACAUUGUUAAGGCAAGAAGGAUAUUUGAUCAGAUAGACUGUAAGGACUCUAUAUCGUGGAAUUCUAUGCUUACCGGUUAUAUUCGGCAUGGGCUAAUAGCAGAGGCAUUGCACAUUUUUCGUAGGAUGGUUCAUGAUGGGUUGGAGCUUGAUUCGGUGGCUGUUUCGACAAUUCUUGCCAAUGUUUUGUCUUUGGAGGUUGCAGUUCAAAUUCAUGGAUGGAUUGUUAGGAGAGGAAUGGAGUGGGAUUUGUCCAUUGCUAAUUCUUUGAUUGCUGUCUACUCAAACGGUGGGAAGUUGGGUCGAGCUCGCUGGUUAUUUGAUCACAUGCCAGAGAAGGAUAUUGUAUCAUGGAAUUCUAUAAUAUCUGCUCAUUGCAAGGAUCCUAAAGCGUUGACUUACUUUGAGUUGAUGGAGAGGGAUGGUGGUGCUUCCCCAGAUAAAAUCACAUUUGUGUCAUUGCUAUCUGCUUGCGCUCAUUUGGGUUUAGUGAAGGAUGGGGAGAGGUUAUAUUCACUGAUGAAAGCAAAAUACCAAAUAAAUCCUAUCAUGGAGCACUAUGCUUGUAUGGUGAAUCUUUAUGGAAGGGCAGGGUUAAUCGACGAGGCAUAUGUCAUCGUUAGGGAUCAAAUGGAGUUCGAGGCUGGUCCUACUGUGUGGGGAGCAUUGUUGUAUUCUUGUUAUCUCCACCAGAAUGUAGAUAUUGGAGAGAUUGCAGCUCGAUAUCUUUUCGACUUGGAACCAGAUAACGAGCACAAUUUUGAACUCUUGAUGAAGAUUUAUGGCAAUGCAGGUAAAUUGGAGGAUGUAGAGAGAGUAAGAAAAAUGAUGGUCGACAGGGGAUUGUAA